AUGGCAGCCACAGCAUCGGGGAACGCAGAACCCUUCGUUUUCCCCCGGGAAUACUCCUUCCCAGCCUUCUUCACCCGGCAGGCCAACCUGACGACCCACCACGCCCAACUGACCAAGUGGUCCGCCCUGGUCCUCUCCUACACCCGCCACCACCGCAUCUUCCGCCUGACCGUCUCCUCGGCGGCCGAGUCCGACUUGUUCUGCAACAGACGUCUGGACCGUCGACUCCAGAUUCCCGAUAUCCGGGAGCUUCUGGAGUUUAUGCGGAAGGAUGGUAGGGCAGAAUACGUCUCGUCUUCUUCAUCAUCUUCGUCGUUCCCGUCCGGAGGCGGAGGUGACCCGUCAUCAUCCUCAUCCGGCGGUGGCGGCGGUAGAGAAGGAGGAAGCGGUGGCGGUGGCGACGUCGUCCUCAUCUACUGGCGUAGACCGUCCGAGUGGGCUCACAUCAUCGAGUCUUUCAUCGAGAGCACCGCGCAGAAGGGCAGCGUACUGACGCUGUACGAGCUCGCAGAGGGCGAGGCCACGAGGUCCACGGAGCUGCACGGCAUCGAUGGCGAUGUCCUCCUCAAGGCGCUCAAUGUCCUGGUCAAGAAGGGGAAGGCUCAGAUCUUCGGUCACGACGAUUCGCAGGGUGUCAAGUUUUUCUAA